UAAUUUAAUGAUUUCCUACUUAUGAACCAUAUAUCAUUAAUAUAUUAUUAUGUAUAAAUAUUCUCUUGGUAAUUAUAAGCGUAGAGGAAAAAAAACAAUUUUCCAACACGCACGAAGUAGAAUAUAAAAACGUGAUAAAUAACUUUGGAAUUUAACGCCCAUAAUGUUAGCAAUCGUUCGUUGACCUACAUGUCAGUCGCAGCCGCUACCAAUAGGCGGUACAGACAGACAUACUAUGUUUACAUACAGCUGCGGCUAUUAUCCAAUGACAGGAAAAAAAACAAAACACAAUCGUAGAAUAUUUUAUAUUUUUUAGUCCGUCUUAAAACAUGCUCGUUUGUAAUUUUAAUAAACGUCAAUCGGUGGAAGACUGGAUUUGGUAAAAUUAGAAAAAAAACGAGAAUGCCAUUACAAUGGUAUAUUAUUAUUCAUAAAUACUCGAAUCGACGGGCGGCGUUUUAUAUCGUAGCCGCCGUCUCACCGUAACGAUGUUUUCCCCUCUUACAUCCAAUCGACACUACUUCUACUAAUGCCGCCGCCAUAUAAUACGCAUGUUGAUAACAAAUGAGUUGCGUGCGUGCGUGCACUACUACUACUACUACUGCUACUACUACUUUUUUCUACGUUCACGUCGCCACAUUCUCAGUAUAACCUCUCGGUGGAACCUGGCACGAGAAUAAUAAUAAUAAUAAUAAUAAUAAAUAAAUAAAUAAAAAAACAAAUAAAACCCUACGGAUUAUUCGUCGUCGCCGAUUUCGUAUCGUAUUUCCAAGCAACGUUUUUGUUAUAUUUUAUUUUUAUUAUUAGUAUCGUGUUAUCGCUAAAAGCCCGUGUGUUUUUCCAUUACACCGAAACGUUUUUAAUUUUUUUUCGAACAGUCCGUACAAAUAAUAAUUUCUCCUCGUUUUAAUAUCGCUAUCAUACGCACGCGCGGACCGGACGCUCGCGUUAUCCACUAUCAAUUAUCCACGAUUCUGCAAUAUUAACAAUAUUAUUUAUUCGUACAAAAUAUACGUACAGCUAUAUAUAUUUAUGAUAUACGCAUACAUUCAACUACAUAUAGAAUAACACACUCACACGCAUCUUAACCUACACACAAUCCGCAGUUCAGUCCCGUUGUCCCGUGUCGAUUGUGUAUUCGGCGCGCGCGUGCGCGUGUGUGUCUGUGUGUGUGCGUGUGCGUGUGUGUGAUAAUAAACGGAUUCUGUGCCCGGUGACGGUGCGUGUGGAAUUUGGGUUAUCGUCGUACCACGGGUGGCUGUUGCUGCCGUCGUCGUCCGCCUUUCGUCGGCUGUGCUCUAUCUGUGUUCUUGUGUUACGUGUUUUUCGUCCGGCGAUCGCUAUGGCUAUGGAAGCAGAGGAGCUCAUCUCAGACCAAGAGAAGGUCAGAAUUGUUUCGGAUUUCAUUUUGCAUUCACCUCCUGGUGAAUUUAAUGAAGUAUUCAAUGAUGUCCGGGGCUUGGUCAAUAAUGAUGCACUUUUAAAAGAAGGAACAUGUUGGGCAUUUGCUUUGUACAAUAAAGAACAGACAUUACCUAUUAAGAUAGAAAAUAGUGAAUAUCCAGUUCUUAUUACGCAGUUUAAUGAUCUAGGAUCCAAUAGAUUUUAUGAUCCUAGAUCAAAACAGUCAUUUAAGUUUGAUCAUCUAAGAAAAGAACCAUCAAGUUAUGAGAGUUGGGAGCCAGAUUCAGAAACAGAAACUUGGCGUUCAGCUUUUGAAACAGAAUUUACUUCUUAUACAUCACUUCAUUAUAAGCAUGGUACAUGUAGUGUAUUUUCAAAAAAAGAAGAUUCUUCUGUUGUUAUAACAGCUUGUAUUGAAGAUCAUGAAUUUCAAGCUAAAAAUUUUUGGAAUGGCCGUUGGAGAUCACAGUGGACAUUAACUGUUGGACCAACUAAUAUUGAUAUUUUUGGAUUUUUGCGAAUUCAUGUGCAUUAUUAUGAAAAUGGUAAUGUUCAACUUGUGGCAUCUAAAGAAAUAAAGGAGUCGAUUCCAUUAACAACUGAAGAUUUAGCUGUAAAAGAAGUUUUGAAAAUAGCAGAAGAUGCAGAGAAUGAAUAUCAAAUAGCUAUCACAGAAAAUUAUCAAACCAUGUCAGAAACGACAUUUAAGGCACUUCGUCGCCAAUUGCCUGUGACCAGAACUAAAAUUGAUUGGAACAAAAUUGUUUCCUACAGCAUUGCUAAAGAGUUUAAAACUCAAUGACCAAUCAAAUUAUUAGUAGUCAUUGUUUUAUUUUUAUGAUGCAAAAGACUUAUUUGGUAAGUCCUUAUGCUUGCUGAAAUAUUUAAAAUAUGAGAAAACCAAUCUACAAGUUUUAGUACCUUUAAACUGAUUUAUUAGGAAAAAUUGUACAAAACGGUAUGUUAAAUUACUCUCGCUGAUCGUAUCUAAUAGUUUUCCUUUUAUUUUUAAAUUAUAGAAGUAAAAUUUUUAUUUUUGUAUUUUUAUUUAAUUUAUUACUUUUGUUAAAUACAAACAAAAAUUUACCCAGAAGUUACGUAAAAUAGGUUUGGAAAGAAAAAGAUAUGCAUUUAAAGAUAAAAAUACAUCGUCAAUCAAUAUUAAGGGUUUUAAGUGAAUUACUAUUAUUUAACUUAAAAAUAAAAAUAACAAAUCACAUGUUUUUUCUGUUA